UAUGUCAAACUUUAAACGACUUUCAUUUUCUCUUUUUUCGCUGUUGAAAUGAGUGUCCUGAAAUUUCUCGUCAUUUUGGAUAAAUCUGAUAGAGUUUAUCGUCCUGGAGAAACGGUGACAGGAAGUGUGAAAUUUGAACUCGAUGGCAAAAUGCGAUUCAAAGGAGUUGUUCUUGAAAUUACGUUCAAUGGAAUAGCUGCCUGUGAAUGGACUGCUCUAAAACCAUACUGGAUGAAAGGUGAAAUUCGUUCCAAGAAAUACUGGACGGUAGGUAACAUUUGUUUCAAAAAGACAAAACAUGGACCAACUGAAACGUAUCUUGGAAGUAAACACAAAUUCAUCAAAGAAACUGAGAAUUUUGAGUUGCCUGCAGGAGAACAUAGUUAUCCAUUUGCAAAAAAUAUACCAAAUAACGCUCCAUCCUCUUUCAUUUCUUCUUUUGGUGAUAUAAGCUAUUUUAUAAACGUGAAUUUUGAUAUCCCGUUGAAAUACCAUAAAGAAGAGAGAAUGAAUUUCGCUGUAAUUAAUCCUUUGAAUUUGAAUUUGUGCCCCAAUUUAAAAAGUCCCUACGAAAAUGAAACGAGGAAAACAUCCUGUUUCAGUUGCUUUGCCGGAGACCCCGUUAUUAUGGUUGUGCAUUUGCCUAAAACUGGCUUCGCCGCAUCUGAAUUGAUUCCAAUUCGUCUGGAAAUGACCAACAUCAGUAACGUUGAUGUGUACGCGGUUAAUAUUUCUCUCAAGCGAGAGAUUAAAUAUAUUGCGGAGACAUCCACCAGAAACCAAGACGUAACUCUACAUAAAUUACCUUUGGGUGCAGUGAAACCCAGACAGCCACAUUAUUUGUGGGAAGAAAAUUUCCCGAUUCCGUCCACCCCGUUCCCUUUUUUGGAGAAUUGCUCAAUCAUGAAAAUAAAGCACGAAUUACAGAUUGAAGCUGACAUCUCAGGAUUUUGUGAAAACGUCAUCGUUAUGAAUAUACCUGUGACGAUUUGUGACGUCCUACUUGGCGAAGAUCCUAAUGCUCCAAUUCUUAUACCACGACACAUGACGGAUGAAAUUUUGACCAGGGGUGAUUCAAAUACUCGUUCAGGGAUACCCGAUGCAUCAUUCAAUGUUGAUGACUUUACUUCGUUGGCUUUAGACGCCACUUUAGAAAUCGCUAGUGGGAUGGUAAUUACUGGUAUGGGUGCCACUGCAGAAAUCGUGAUGGAAGAGCCUUAUCCUCAACAUGAAUCUGAAAGACACGAGUCUUCAUCAGGAGACCUGAAAAAGCUGCCUCCUUCUCCUUCCCCUAUUGGUAUGGGCGACUCUGCAGAAAUUAUGAUAAAAGAGCCUUCUCCUGAACCUGAUACAAAUGAAUCUGAAAAACACGAGUCUUCAUCAGGGGAUCCGGAAAAGCCGCCUCCUUCUCCUUCCACUACAGCUUCAGAUGCCGGGGCUGUUCCCUCAGAAUCAUGAGAGUAUUUUGAUAAAUGGAAUACUUACUUCAUUCUAGCUUACGACAAUAAUAUGUUUAAGCUCGAGGCAAGAUGUUAAAACUAAUGAAAGAAAAACUACGAAUAAAAAUUAA